AUGCAAAUCUUCAUUCCAUUGCUUACAAUUCAAGAAAUAGCCGAAUGUUUAGAUAAUCAGCGCCUUGGAAAACAAAGACUUGAAUGCCAGCAGGUGAUCAACAUUAUUCGAGGUACCCAAGCUCCAAAUGCCAAAACGGGCCGUAUUGCUUUUGCAAAUCAUCCAAUCAUUGAUAUGUGGCGACCAUAUUUGUCAUUCCUCAAGUUUUAUUUUAAUACAAUGGUCAAAGAAUGGAUUAAGCGCGGUUUCAAGAACAGUCUUACACUUGAGGAUGUGAAAGAGGAAGAGAUCGUUACUCCUUCAUGGUGGGGUUUGGAAGAAAUUCAUUCCACCCAUCGUGCCAAUCUUGUCAGAAAAUUACCCAGUCAUUACAAAGUUCGAUUUGGUUUCAAAGAAGAUCCAGCUAAUGGUUAUUUAUGGAUUCUUGCUGAUGGCAGUAGAUUAUUGAUCGAAAACACUAAUGAUGAUUCUGUACGUCGUACAAAACGCACUUUAUUUCCUCCGACACAAGAAACACUACCACCAAUGGUCAAGAUCGAAACGACGAUGACAAUGACACUGUCAACGACCACUCAAUCACUUGAAAAUGUCGAUCCAAAGAAGCCUAAACUUGAUGGAAAGAAGCAAAUCGAUGGUGAAUAUGUUUCUCAUGACAAUGAUAAUGUUGAGAAUUCAGAAAAUAAUACAGAAGAAAAAGAAAGCAAGAAUACGAUUAUAUCACGUACAGAACUUCGUAAACGAAAUGUUGAACCAUCUAGUUUGUCAUCAAAACCAAAGAGAGUUCUAAACGAUUAA